GCUCUGCAUGUGUGCGUGACAGCUUGGGAUUUGAAUUGUGUAUGCGUGCGUGUAUGUAAGUGCUUCCAGGACGUGACACCAUGCCCCAGGUCGCCAUGUGGAGCCGGGUGAAGAACGUAUGCCAGCAGAACGGCCUCCUCAUCCUGUCCGUGCUGGCCGUGGUGGUCGGCUGCCUGCUGGGAUUCUUCCUACGUUCCAAACACCUCUCUGAACAGGAAGUAAAGUAUUUCCAGUUCCCUGGAGAGCUGCUCAUGAGGAUGCUGAAGAUGCUCAUCCUGCCUCUUGUUGUCUCCAGUUUGAUGUCCGGUCUGGCAGCGCUGGAUGCUAAAUGCUCAAGCCGCCUGGGCAUCAUGACCAUCUCCUACUACUUGUGGACCACCUUCAUAGCGGUGGUGGUGGGCAUCGUCCUAGUGAUCAUCAUCCACCCGGGUGGAGCGGCCCAGAAGGAGGACUCGGAGGAUGGGGGCAAGCCGAUCAUGAGUUCUGCGGAUGCUCUGCUUGACCUCAUCCGCAACAUGUUUCCUGCCAAUCUGGUCCAAGCUACCUUUCAACAGUACCGUAGCAGGAGUAUUCCCAUCUUAAAGCCAAAGCCCACCCUAAGCCAGGACGUGACGGAAUCCACCACCAGACGCAUGUUUAUCUACGGCAUCCAAGACGACAAUGGCUUGGAUAUCCAGAGCUUCUCCCUGGACCUAACGCCGCCUCCAGAUGUGGUGUUUAAAACCUUGCCUGGCACAAGUGAUGGCAUGAAUGUCCUGGGCAUUGUCAUCUUCUCAGCCACCAUGGGAAUCAUUCUGGGAAGGAUGGGACCCAGCGGCAGUGCGCUGGUCAACUUCUGCCAGAGUCUAAAUGAAGCGGUGUUGAAAAUUGUAGCUAUUGUUAUCUGGUAUUUCCCAUUUGGGAUCGUCUUUCUGGUGGCUGGAAAGAUCUUGGAAAUGGACGACCCCUCUGCAAUGGGGAAGAAAUUAGGUUUUUAUGCCAUCACUGUGGUUAUCGGGCUGAUCGUUCAUGGUCUUUUCAUCCUGCCCGCCAUGUACUUCUUUAUCACCAAGAAGAGCCCGAUUGUUUACAUCCGAGGCAUCCUGCAGGCUCUGCUCAUCUCACUGGCCACUUCAUCCAGCUCUGCCACGCUGCCCAUCACCUUUAAGUGCCUCUUGGAGAACAACCAUAUCGACCGACGCAUCAUCCGCUUUGUCUUACCUGUUGGAGCCACCAUCAACAUGGACGGUACAGCACUAUACGAGGCCGUGGCAGCUAUCUUCAUUGCUCAGGUCAACAACUAUGAGCUGGACUUUGGUCAGAUCAUCACCAUCAGCAUUACAGCCACAGCAGCCAGUAUCGGUGCAGCAGGGAUUCCUCAGGCUGGCUUGGUAACAAUGGUGAUUGUAUUAACCUCAGUGGGGCUUCCUACUGAUGACAUCACAUUGAUUAUCGCUGUAGACUGGGCCCUGGACCGUUUCAGGACAAUGGUGAACGUGAUGGGAGAUGCACUGGCCACGGGGAUCAUGGCACACAUAUGCAGGAAAGACUUUAUGAAGGAGGUCGAAGAGGUGAGAUCCAUUCCUCUGAUCUGUGAAGCCAAGCCCAUGUUAAGCGUCCAGCGGAUGACGUCCUACCAGAGCAACGGCUGCUUCCAGGUACGCCCCGGGAGGCCUGAACAUCUCUCCGCAGAUGUGGCUCGACUUGUACAGCUGGAAGAAGGUAUCAGGCCAGAGAAGAAGCAUAAGAAGUCCACACACAACGUCAAGAGGAAAGAACAGGAUCGAGAUCGAGACUAUUGCACUAUUGACUUUAGCAGCCUCGAAACCAAUGUCUAGACUCGCUUGUUAUGAUCUUGCGGGACUUAGAGUAACAUGUACCAGACAAGUGCUAGCCAUGUGCUUCUGUCUCUCGGCAUUCAAAAUUCUUCUUCUGCUGAUUGGAUGCUGAUGGCUAGUGGACGUUAGAAUGCAUGUGUAAACAUGUAACAUGGACCAUCUAGGUUUAAAAGGAAGAUGAAACGAUCUGGAUCUACCUCUGGAACUUUCUCAACUGUCGUUGCUCCUUAAUAAUGCAGAGCAAAUGUCAAGGGCUCUUUCAGAUGGGUACAGCAACCACGACCGGUCCAAGAAUAAGCAGUCUGUGGAUAUUCCUUCAUCAUGUGCAGGACAUUUCAUAUGCUGGUGACUUUUCUAUUAUUUUGUAAGGUUUUCUUGAGUUGUCUGCUCGCAUUAGGGACACAAUUUCACUACAAAAACAUGCAGGAUAUAAUGAAGAACCUUAAAAAAAAAAGCAACAUCCAGUUUAUAAAUUUAUUUGCUUUAUUUAUUGUAAGCCCAGUUUUGUGGAGUAGGAUGGAUGUCUUUAAAAUAAAGACCUUACCUUUAUAAGUUUUUUUUUCCUUUUCAUGAAAUUGCUUAUGUUGAUUAUACAGAGACGUAUGACGUAUGAAGGACGCAUCAGAUAUAUGGUUUGAUUUGGGGAUUUUUCCAUCUUAAGGUAUCGUCACAAGCGUACGCUUUUAUUUUUCAUAUCUUUGAAAAUGGACAAAGCUGAAAAUAAUAUAAAGUUAACUUCGCUACCUGCACUGAAGAUGCAGUCAUUUUUUCCGAGACUGAAUUUAUACGUCACGAGAAAAUAAAUGUAAUUCAGCCAAGAAUCAGACUGAGGAAAGACGACAACAGAUGCUGAGUGAGUUCUGGGGAAAAAACAUCCUCUAAAUGCUGUCUGAGUAAGUGAGAGUAAACAAUAAAUUAAAUAAAUAACCCAUUCAAAUAAGAGCUAGGUAUUAACUCCACAUACUGUACAAUUGAGGGUCCGACUUAAAGCGACAGCAUUACAAGAUUUGUUAAAUCUUCUUUGAUUAAAAUUCUCCAUUCUUUUUUUUUUUCAUUAUAAAUCGAUUAGUUAAAGGUGAGGUCCACGAUGUUUGAAAAAUGUUUCAGGAAACUGAGUCGGCCGACUAACAAAACAAACGUG